AAAACAACCAAUAGACUCUGAGCACUGUUUCAGGUUCCCUGUCGAUUUUCCAGACAACCUUAGGCUAGUAGUACACGGACUGACACGUACCCAACGGUUUCCGUGUGUUGAAUAUCUCAUUGGGGUAGGGACAAGGAGGGGAUAUUGUACUAUUAGGGUGACAUCCCUGUCCAAAUAGUAUAUAUAUUUUUUUGCAUAACCGAGUUGGAAGCAUGGAAGCAGGGGCGUGCGACAAUGCUAAUGCAGGUGCUCCUUUCAUUGAGCAGUCCUCAGGACAGGGAGACUUGUCUGGGAGCAGUGAUGAGGGAGAAGGCACCAUGGACAAGGAGACAGUGCCAGCAGCAGAGAGGGCAGUGGAGACUGAGAGCAUGAUGAAACGGCUGUUUGGGUUUGAGAAGGAGGACCUGUCCUCCUGGCAUCGCUUGGUGUGUCUCCUAAACCGCCCCACUGACCCUGCUUCUCUGGGCAUUUUUCGCUUCCUGUUUGGCAUGAUAAUGGCUAUAGACAUUACACAGGAGCGAGGCCUUAGCCACCUGGACUACAAGUACCUGGAUGGGGCUCCCGUGUGCCGCUUCCCUCUCUUCAGCUUCCUGCAGCCGCUGCCUCUUGAUUAUAUGUACCUGGUCUAUGUGGUGAUGCUCUUUGGUGCUGUGGGAAUCAUGUUGGGCUGUUUCUACCGCCUUUCCUGUCUCAUGUUCAUAUCCACGUACUGGUACAUCUUCUUUUUGGACAAAACAGCAUGGAACAACCACUCUUACCUCUACGGACUCAUUGGCUUCCAGCUCACAUUCAUGGAUGCCAACAGAUACUGGUCAAUAGAUGGAUUACGUAAUCCCCAAAAAAAGAAUUCCCAAGUGCCACUUUGGAACUACACUCUUCUGAGGUUUCAGAUUUUUAUAGUAUACUUCAUUGCUGGAAUCAAGAAACUGGAUGCAGACUGGGUAGAGGGCUAUUCCAUGUCAUACUUGGCACACCAUUGGCUUUUUGACCCUUUCAGGAUGAUUCUGCCUAAUGAAAUGGUGAGUCUGCUGGUGGUCCAUGGAGGUGGUCUUUGUCUGGACCUGUCUGCCGGCUAUCUGCUGUUUUUCGAUGCCACACGCCCUUUUGGCAUUUUCUUUGUCAGCUACUUCCACUGCAUGAACUCUCAACUCUUCAGCAUCGGUAUGUUUGCCUACACUAUGCUGGCCACGAGUCCUCUCUUCUGCUACCCCGACUGGCCCAGGCACUUUUUUGCCCGCUUCCCGGAGAUCCUCAGGCCCGUGCUGCCGCUCACGUCUCCUCCCCCACAGCCCAGCACCUCUUGUGUUUACCCAGUGACCCAGCACACAUCUACGGGACUACAGGACUUGUCCCCUGCCCCCAAGGCCUCCAAAACACGGUUUAAACACAAGCUGGCAACCCUGUUCACCAUUCUGUACCUGGCUGAACAGUUCUUCCUGCCUUACUCGCACUUCAUCACACAGGGCUAUAACAACUGGACCAAUGGCCUGUAUGGGUACUCCUGGGAUAUGAUGGUUCACUCCCGAUCCCACCAGCAUGUCAAGAUCACCUACAAAGAUGGAAAAACAGGAGAUGUCGGAUACCUCAACCCUGGGGUGUUCACUCAGAGUCGGCGGUGGAAGGACCAUGGGGACAUGCUGAAGCAGUACGCCACCUGCCUGAGCCGCCACCUGCCUCACUACAACAUCUCUGAUCCAGAGAUUUACUUUGACAUCUGGGUGUCCAUCAAUGAACGCUUCCAACAACGUAUCUUUGACCCCCGUGUGAACAUUGUGAAGGCAGACUGGUCACCAUUCCGUCCAAAUCCCUGGCUCAUGCCUCUGCUGGUGGACCUCUCUCCCUGGAGGACCAAGUUCCAGGAGAUCGAGGGCACGUUGGACAACCAGACAGAGAUAGUCUUCAUCGCAGACUUCCCAGGUCUCCUUCUAGAGAACUAUGUCAGUGAGGACCUGGGCAACACCAGUGUUCAGGUGCUGCAGGGCCAGCUGAAUGUUGAGAUAGUGGAUGAGAAGAAGAACUACACACUUCAACCUGGAGAGCAGAAGCAGCUUCCUGCUGGGGCCUACCAUAAGGUGUACACAGUGUCUGAGGGGCCGUCCUGCUACAUGUACAUCUACGUCAACACCACAGAGGCAGCGCUACAGAGGAACUUCACUAAGCUGUUUGAACUGCAGGAGAGGGUCCGCAACGGAACAGAAACGGAACCCCUCCCUCCAGAGCUCCAGUCGCUCAUCACUGGAGAAAAUGAGGGGUCAGAAGCCAAUGUGAUGGAUCCCGUCGUUCAACUAUUCCUACGGCGACAGCGGAGGAUGAAAGAAGUAAAGAAGCGCAGAGAAGCCAAUGUGUGCGAAAGGCUGAACCGGUUUACUGUGAAAAAGUACUACAUGUUGCGUCGAGCGUUCCUGAUGACAGCCAUUGCAAUGCGUAACCUGGCGGUGGGCCUCCCUCCUCUGGAGCAGCUGACCAGGGAAGUGGCCUUCGCAAACAUGAAGGAACCAGAGACUGAGGCCAGCCAGGACCUCAAGGAUGAAGUGGGCCACGAUGAGCUCUAGGAACUGACUCCAGUUGGGAAAAGUGAUCAACUUUAUAUGCUACAGGUAACUGCCAAAAUAAAGGAAAAACCCCCUAAGGUCGAUGUACGUGCCCCUGCUGAAAUCUAAUUAGCAUAAUAAAAAAUCUCCAUAAAAAUGUGUCAGUUUAAGCUAGAGAUUUUGUUGUGGUGUCUCAAGCCACCGCAUCCAGGUGACAGCGUUAGAGCAGUGUUUGUCAGACCAUGAGACAUCCUGAAACAUUCUCACACGAGUCUUAGGACUUCUGUCUGUGGCGUCUGACUAGUUUGGGCUACACACACUAAUAUGACCCCUCUGUGUUAAGUUGACUCUCACGUACAUGUCGCUCAGAAGACUCAUCUGAAGGUCCCCCGGUACCAGUAGAAAGAAUAUGGAUGUGCAGUAUAUAUGAAGACUGUUCAGUGACAAAUAAGGGGUUAAGUACAUCCCAUAAAAUGUUUCCUGAUUUUUAUAUCUCUCAGAUAUAGGAUAGACCCUGCAGAACAAACUUCCUUUUAGAGUUUUAUUUGGGAAAGUUGCUCCAUGUAGUGAAUCUGUUAUUCAUUGUGUUUGUAUGGGCUAAUGGCAGUAAGGCCAAAUCAAAUCACAAAAUUAUCCUUUGACUCUUAUAGGUUAAUGGGGUGUUGGGCAACCACGAACCAGAACCGAUUCAAUGCACCUUGGCAUAGAUUCUACAAGCGUCUGGAACUCAUGUUUGAGGGCGGUGACUCCAUUCUUCGAGAAGUUGUUGAUGGUGGUGGAAAACAAUGUCUCUGGCACUGCUCCAGAAUCUUCAAGUGUUCAACUGGGUUGAGAUUUGGUGACUGAGAUGGCCAUGAAAUAUGGUUUACAUAAAUGUCAUGCUCAUCAAACCAGUUGGUGAUCACUCAUAUCCUGUGGAUGGGGGCAUUGUCAUCCAUUCGGGGCAUAGCCACAGUAACCAAAAUAGCCUGCCCAGCAUUUUGAUACAUGGGAUAAUUUUUGCUUAAUUAACUCAGGAACCACACCUGUGUGAAAGCCCCUGCUUUCAAUAUACUUUGUAUCGCUCAUUUACUCGAGUUUCCAUUAUUUUGGCUCUUACCUGUAGCUUUACUUUCAGGCCAAAUGAUGAACAUUGUUAAACAUUGUCACCAUUUGCAUUCCAAAAUGCAGUUGAUACUUUUCAAAUAAAGAGCCUGCACAUGAAAUAAAUUGCAUUUUCAGUGUUUGAACUUAAAA